CCGCGGCUACAGCCUCCGCAUCCUCCGCUGCUGCCUGCCGCCCGCGGGCGGGAGCCGGAGCCCUAGCGGCGCCGGGCUGAGGUGGGGCUCCUGGGCAGCGACGGCGGCAGGCGAUGCUCCAGCGGCCUGAGCAGCCAUGGAGGCCGAAGCAGGCGGCCUGGAGGAGCUGACGGACGAGGAGAUGGCGGCGUUGGGCAAGGAGGAGCUGGUGCGGCGCCUGCGGCGGGAGGAGGCGGCGCGCCUGGCGGCGCUGGUGCAGCGAGGCCGUCUCAUGCAGGAGGUGAAUCGGCAGCUGCAGGGCCACCUGGGCGAGAUCCGCGAGCUCAAGCAGCUCAACCGGCGCCUGCAGGCUGAGAACCGCGAGCUGCGCGACCUCUGCUGCUUCCUGGACUCGGAGCGGCAGCGCGGGCGCCGCGCCGCGCGCCAGUGGCAGCUCUUCGGGACCCAGGCGUCCCGGGCCGUUCGCGAGGACCUGGGCGGCUGCUGGCAGAAGCUGGCCGAGCUGGAGGGCCGCCAGGAGGAGCUGCUGCGGGAGAACCUGGCACUUAAGGAGCUCUGCCUGGCGCUGGGCGAGGAGUGGGGUCCCCGCGGUGGCUCCGGCGGCGCUGGGGGCUCCGGCUCCGGGCCGACCCCUGAGCUCACCCUGCCCCCUUGCGGGCCCCGCGAUCUGGGCGAUGGCAGCUCCAGUACCGGCAGCGUAGGCAGCCCCGAUCAGUUGCCCCUGGCCUGCUCCCCUGACGACUAAGGGCACUGCUUCCUAGCCACCUGCCCUCGCCCGGAUUGCACCCCGGGUUUGCUGUGGACCUCGGGACCUAGACGCUGCCACGGCUUCGCCGAGGGGCGUUUGGCAUGGAGUGAGAAACCCUGACACCGAAGAGAGCCCCGCGCCUUCGCCAGUGGGGCGGCAGGGGGUCUGGAGGCUGGCGUGGAGGGACUUCCUGGGGGCUGGGUGGGAGCCAAUAAACGGACAGAAGC